AUGGAACCAGGCAAUGGUACGCGAAUUUCAGAAUUUCUUCUCCUGGGACUUUCAGAGGAACCAGAACUGCAGUCCCUCAUCUUUGGGCUUUUCCUCUCCAUGUACCUGAUCACCGUGUUCGGAAACCUGCUCAUCACCCUGGCCGUCAGCUCAGACCCCCACCUCCACACGCCCAUGUACUUCUUCCUCUCCAACCUGUCCUUUGUGGACAUCUGUUUCACCUCCACCACCGUCCCCAAGAUGUUAGUGAACAUCCAGAUACAGAGCAAAGUCAUAACCUAUGAAGGCUGCAUCACACAGAUAUAUUUUUUCACACACUUUGGAGUGUUGGAUGUCUGUCUCCUGACCAUGAUGGCCUAUGACCGCUUCGUGGCCAUCUGUCACCCCCUGCACUACACAGCCAUCAUGCACCCCCGGCUCUGUGGGCUGCUGGUUCUGGCAUCCUGGAUCAUCAGUGUCCCGAUUUCCUUGUUACAAAGCUUAAUGGUGCUGAAUCUGUCCUACUGUACAGACGUCGAAAUCCCCCACUUCUUCUGUGAAUUCAAUCAGGUCACCCAACUUGCCUGUUCUGAUACCUUUCCUAACAACAUGGUGAUGUAUUUUACAUCUGUCUUACUGGCUGGUGGUCCCCUCACUGGGAUCCUGUACUCUUACUCUAAGAUAGUAUCCUGUAUACGUGCAAUGUCAUCUGCUCAGGGGAAGUAUAAAGCAUUUUCUACCUGUGCGUCUCACCUCUCGGUUGUCUCCUUAUUUUAUUCUACUGGUCUAGGAGUGUACCUCAGCUCUGCUGUGACCCACAGCUCACAGUCAAGUGCAACAGCCUCAGUGAUAUAUUCCAUCGUUACACCCAUGCUGAACCCCUUCAUCUACAGUCUCAGGAACAAAGACAUAAAGGGGGCUCUGAAUAGAUUUUUUGAAUGGCAGGUACAAAAAGGACAAUUACUCUGGGGCAGAAAAACUUCCCAUGAUUGA